AUUGGGAAAUUAGUUGUUUAAUGUUAACCAAAUGUUGAUUAUACAUUGUGCGUGCUAGCAACUGUGAAUGGCACAAAUUGACAGCUGUUACGGCCCACGAGCAGUGAAACCAGACUUUAAAGAACCAGAAAUCCGAAAAUUCCAGCUAUAUUUUCUACGACACCAUGCAGGGAGACGGCCUGAGCCUGUUUAAACGCAAGAAAACAAUCUUUGCCGCGCUCGCAGGACUGGGCCUGCUCGGCCUAAUCGCAGUCUACAAUUGCGGAAAAAAUAGCCCAACCGCAGCAGCCGGGUCUCAGGAGCAAUGUUUAUUUUGUGAUUUUGCCAACGGAAGACAAGGCCCGCCGCCCGUGCUGGAGGUUCAAACCGACGAAUACGUCAUAUUCAAGGAUAAGAGUCCUGCGGCAACGUUCCACUAUCUGGCCAUACCCAAGCAGCACUUUGAUAGCUUCAAUGUUCUGAACAGAUCCCACAUUGGACUUGUGCUGCGGAUGGAAUCGGGCAUGGUCGAGCUGCUCAAGUCGAAGAAUGUGGACCCUUCGCAGGCGAUUAUUGGAUUUCACAUCCCGCCAUUCAUCUCGGUGAAGCAUCUGCAUUUGCAUGGCAUAUAUCCGCCCUCGGAGAUGAGUUUGUGGAAUCGUAUCAACUUUAUGUCGUCGAUUUGGUUCAAAACGGCCAAGGACGCCAACGAAGCUCUGGAAUUGAGAGAGCUGUAACAAUGGAACGUUUAAAUAUACGAAAGCUGUGUUUUUCUUUGUGUGCUAGAGUCUUGCAUUUCCAAUUUGUAAAUAAGUAAAUCUGUUGCUGUUACUUAGAAUUAAGUGAAACCAGCUACCUGUGCAUGUAAACUAUCGUAUCGAAUGAAGAUAUCAGUAUCAGUGAUAAUAAGUCUUAGCCAACGACACUAGUUAAACUCAACUCAGACCCAAACCAUUAAAUAAAUAAAAUUCUACAAUAUA